GCUCAGCUGCCCCGAGGCCCACUACCACCCCUCCAACCGGGUCCCUGACCCCACUCACCAUGCUGGCCGGGGAGGGGGUGGCUCAGGUGAGCUGGCUCUUGACGCGUCCCGCUCGCACAGUUCAGGUCAUGGUCCCGGCAGGCUCGGGGAGUCCCCCGCCCAUGCAAAGACAACCCGUUUCCCACCCGGGCCCCGCCGGCACCUUCAAAAGGAGCACGGCGACCUCAUCAAGGACCCCCGAAGCGAUUCAUCCAGACCUCAGCCCACCCCAGGCAAACGCAAAAGCAGGAAACGGGGCAAGGAGACAGCUGUGCGGGGGCCCCCCGCCUGGGCCCGACCCCCAGGAGGGAGGCUGCGGGCCCAGGCAGGGACUCCCCGGCCUCCGCGGCCCGAGGCGGCGACGGGCCGGGCCCGGGCUGAAGGGGCGGAGGCUGCCCGGGCCUGGGCGGCGCGGCCGGCUCAGGACAGAGGCCCGCGGGCCCGCGCAGUUCUCGCCUCCUCUGUCCUCGCGGCGGCCCCGCUCUGCAUCCCUGCGCGCCGCCCGCAGCCGCCACUCGCCCCGCGCGGCCACCCCCAGCCAACAGCCCAGCGCGCCGGAAGUGGCGAGCACCAGGCGGCCUCAGCCCGCGGCCUGCUGCGGCGCUGGAACCGGACCAAUCCGGAAUCAAGUGAGGGCAGAGGAGGGCGGGGCCGCACCUGACGGUUCUCUGGCCCCGCCCACCUCGGCCCCGCCCUAGCGGCCGGGGACCGCCGCGUUGGUAAAGGGACACGCGGCCAUUUUGGUAAAGGAGUGGUUUCCCUUUCGUUUGUCUCGCUCAUUCAUUCCGCAAAUCUCUUUUGAGCGCCUUUCCGCAUCCUGACCCCAGACUAGAAGUUCGGCGGCGCUGGACUGUGCUCUCCUGGGGCUUUUAUUCAUUCAGUCCACAGCUCUGGGUGCCAAGAUCAGAAAGUGUCACAGGACGAAAUUGAAACAAUUAGUGUCACGAUCUUAGCUGACUUCAUCCUCAAUUCUAGAGUCAGGCAAUACCUGAUAGAACAAAUGUUCCAGUGAGCAGAGUAUCAAAAGUGGUCUUAGAUCUAUGAAAAGAGCACAGAGGAAAGCAAAGACAAACCACUGGAUUGUUUAGAAGGUAUUUACAAAGUUGGUGCAGGGGAACAAAAGAAAAACAGCUGGGUAACAAUUUACCCUUUGUGUGUGUGAAGAUCAAGAAGAGGGAAUUUCAUUAUCAUUCAGUUAAAAGCAGUCCUAGAAAAAUUUAAAAGCAACACAAUUGGUCUGAGCCUGAUGCGGCAACUAGCCUGUACAAUCCGGGGAGAGGAGGAGAGGACAAGGUGGAGGCAGCAAGGUCCAGAGUUCAAAGUCAUUCUUUGGCUACAAAGCGAAUUCAAAACCAGCCUGGACUAUAUGAGAGCCUGAGUCAAAAGGCAAGGAGGGCUGGAGAGAUGGCUCAGCAGGUAGUGUGUAUGAAUCUUCCAGAUAACGUUUCCCAGAACUCACAUUGGUUGGCUCACAACUACCUGUAACUGCAACAUCAAGGGAUUCAACACCCUCUACUGGACUCUGGAGGUACCUACACCCAGACCCACAUGGCAUACACACACAGCAACAGAAACCCUAAGACAGCUACUGUUCCAGCUCCCUGGCAUGUCAACAACAAUUGACUCUCUGAAACUGUAAGCAAGUCUCCAAUUAAAUGUUUUCUUUUAUAACCUA